AUGGCCGGUAAUGACAUACUCCCGAUUCCAGCGUAUCUGAUGACUGACAUGUGUCCAGAGUACCUGUUUGUCACAGCUGCUAGUGUUCUCGCAAACCAUCCAACGUUUGUUGUAUACGCCGUCACAGACAGUGCCUGCCAAAAGAUUCCCUACAUCCUGGCUGAUAACACCGAUGUUGCGCGGGAAGACGUAGCAUGGUGCAAAGAGUUCAACCUUUAUGACACUCUCUUGGCUAGAGAGCUGAAAUGCCUCACGUUGGGCUCCGACGUCCAAAAUCACCGCUUCAUCAAACCUUUGAGGGAGCUUCCCAUUCGCGCAACACUGGCGCCUCUCCACUGCCUGUUCUUCUUGCAACCUGGCUUCGCCUACGCCAACUUGCUCGAUCCUGAUAAUCCUCGACUCACAUGCCGUGCGCUUCUCACACCUAACGAGACACCCGGUUUUCGAACACCGACAGAGGCAGAAGUGGGAGCUUGUGCCGUGGCACAACAGAGGCUCCUGCAAAACUGCGGACAAGAAUAUGACGGUGCGCUCGUAUUCGAAGCGCUCUUAGCGAUGCAGCACUAUCUCGCCGGAACUGGGCAGUCGCUACAUUGGAGUGAGUUUCUGACCGAAUAUGAAGUCCUGACAGGGUUGCUGAUCUCUGUCUCAGACGUUGCCGACUUCAUUGUCACGUACGGAGAGUAUCUUGCAUAUCUUGAGGCUUGGAACUUUGAGUAGAAGCCUUCAGUUGGCUCGUACAUGACAGCCAGAGUGGUGGAUCAUCUGCGCCAAGAAGGAAGCCUUCUUGCGAUGGUAGAGUACGAGGCUUCUAUUACGGCCGACACAUUCUCCCACGCGCCUGAGCUGCACCGCAUCGUCGCGGGACUGGACGUAGCCAUACGGCGCAGCGACAGGACUACCUUCAGGGGGCGUAUAAGGGUAUGGAGAACGCCCGCCAGCCGCUUCGGACACGCCACAGUGUCGCUAGGUGAAGCUAUCAACCAUGCGCUCGAAUUCUCAAGAUGUAGCAACGCUUUCCGACGGCCACGUAGGCGCACUACUUCAAGACAGCUUCCGGUAGACAUAACAGAGCCCAAAGGAUGCCCGGCACCUGCUUUAAUUGCG